CCUUGAUUCCUUGCAAACUUACAGAGCACAGACCAGCGUUAGUCAUAGCGGAACGAGACUGAACGAGACUAAUAAUCUCGUUCGGCCCAGUAGCGGAAGGUAACGCGACUGUUGCGCUCUUGCUCAAGAACGCUAUCUUCCACCCCGCGCCAUCUUCAUCACAAGCAACAGCAGUCAAUUCUCUCUUAGUCUGGCAAUACUUGCUGGCCAACGCAUAUGAUGUGCGUUCUAUCCCGAUACGAAGGUUCCCCGACUGGACUGGGUUGAACUUUCACUUUACGCCUGCCUGCGACAUCUCUCCUCGAUCCUCAACACCCAACUUUGACCGCCGCAUCCAUUCAACGCACCCCUUUUUGGGUGCAAACUGCCACCAAAUGGAUGAAACACCAGAAUCCUCCACACAAUCGACGAUUUGUCCCCCGGCGCCCGUCGCAAGGCACCAGACGACGGCGAUCGGAGUCGGAAGCCUGCGGUCGCCCAAGGCAUCUCCAUCACAUGAACCAGCGCUGUACAGCUUGUUCCUCUCCGACCUCGCUCUCAUCGACCGCAACGUUCCGCUUCCCGAGCUCCGCGAAGAAGUCGACAAGUCCCUCGCCCAGUUCAAGCCACAAACCGCCGUCGACGUCCGCAUCGCCUACGUCGCGGACACUUCCAAGCUCCGCCAGACGCGCAAGAUGGUGGAAAACGGCCUGGGCGCGCACGAGAAGAGGCGGCUCCGCAACAUGACUACGGCCCAGAGCCGACGGCGAUGUGCCGGCAACCUCUCCCAGUACCACGACAAACUCGACAAACUCUGCGGCGGUCGCCGCUCUUGGCUGCCGCGCGGUAUCCCGGUUGACACAAUCUCAUACGACACAGUGCUGAACCUCCGCAAGAUCAUUGAGUGGACGCUCUCACAUGGCGAGAGACUCGACAGCCUGUGGGAACCCGGCGGACAUCUGCACGAUGUCCCGUACCAAAAGAAACCUCUUGAUGCCGUGUGGAAGCGUCUUUCGCAACAGUCAGGCAAUGCCAUUAUCCACCGUCCGAACUGCAGCAACAAGGGCCGCCAACAAGACCAGGACAGAGAAACACAGCAAGGCAGCUUACAAGAGGGGGAAGAGGAAGACGGUUCGGGUGGAGCGAGUGGCGACGACGGUUCCCCCAAUUUCAACGGCGACACCAAGAACUCCUUUGGGGGCGAGGAUGAUGACGGUGAUUGGGGUCCAGAUGGUGUCGAUGUUUCUUCCAGUCAAGACAGCGAUCCGGGUGCUGAAGAAGAGUCCAUCGAAUAUGAACGUCGAAUACAGCGCGACACCAUUGUCCGCAGGUCCCUAGACGACAGCUUCUGUUUCUCCCGCGCAAGAUCGAGCGCGACCAAGGACGUUGACAACACCGACGACGGCGGUGUGUUCCCACAACAUAGUCCACUAGUAAAAAAGCUGAGCGUUCCUGCACCGAUCGAACCUUAUGACGAGGACCUCGUGACAAAAGACAUUCCAGACGCAUCGAGGUCAACUGUCCAGGUCGUCAACCCAGACAUCAACAGCAAUGCAUCGCUGUCUCGCCAAAACACUGGUCUCGCCGCCAACGCACCCUUUUCCGCUGCCUCGCCCUCCUCUGUCCCGCCACCUUCGCUUGCCAUCCCGGCUUGCGCCACUAACACGGCCUCCUCCGUCGACCCACCUCACCAUCCGCUUCCUCCUGCUGUUUCUAUUUCAAGGGGCUCUUCUGGCGGCUCCAAGUGGCAGACGGCUAUGUCAGCUGAGUCUGUCUCGGAUUCCACGCUGGGUAAAAGAGAGGGACGGCCUGCAUCCGAAAGCCUUGAAAAUGUUCCCAAACGACAGUGUGUAGCAACACUCCCCAAAAGGAGGUUUGAUCUGAGAGUGAGGCAUGGCUUCAAUGCCGAAUGCCUGGAGGACGGCCAGUACGUUGAAGGAACCGUUAUCUCGGAAGUUCUUAGCACAUUUUGCGCGCUGUGUCCCCUCUCGAUGAUGUGUAUAGACCCACUGGUGUCCAACAACGGCAUUCCACAACGCCUGAGGGCCGAUUUCCUCUCGCAACGAGACAUGACCAUUCUCUAUCCUUUGAACCUCACGUCUCGGGGCAAGCAUUGGGUCUUGGUAACGGCAUCGACAACGUCAGUCAACAUAUACGACUCACUGCCCAGCGCGACGGACGAAGUCGAGUUAGCGGGCUUACUGCGAAGCCUUCUGUCCCUCGUUGCGGAAUCAACAGCCCCAGACGACCCUCCUACCCCCUCCCGCAUUUCGUGCCCGCAACAGUCGAACACGACUGAUUGCGGCGUCGCUGUUAUUGUCAACGGACUGUAUGUGAUCGCCGGGCAAGAUAUCCCAGCAACUGUGGAAUACUCCCUCUGGCGCCGUGUUCUUCUUGCCUUCAGUACAGGACGGAAGGCUGUCACGGAGAUCGUGCUACAAGACUCGGAACAGCCCCUUGCCGUGACGAACCACGGCGCGCCACUCCCGCCCGCACCUCCGGCAACCAUGACCGAGGCCGAGCUGAUAUCGUGGGAUGAACGUUACCGAGAAUUCCGUCAGAAUAUCAUGGCCACCGCUCGGGCACAGCUUGGUGCAAGACUCACGCAUCAGCAACGCAUGGGGGAGAUGCUGGAGGACGUCAUUGGCGUCUUUGGGGGGCUCCAGCUCGCAGGGUCUGGCACACCGGGCAUGGAUCAGAUCCAUGAAGAACUCGCAAACUGUCACUCGGCGUUGCAGAGCCUGGCUAGACUCCGCCGAGCUGAGACAUCCAUGAUUGACGAGCUCAAAGCCAGAUGCGCAAGACUGGCCGAAGCACAAGGCCGCCGGGCAAUAGUCCAGCUGGAGCUGGCCAAGCUGACUGACGUGAUGCACGACGAAUGUGAGUUACUCAACGAUCGUCUGGCAGCUUUCCGUCCCUGGGAUGUGCUUUAUACGUAGACAGUGCCAGGGUAUAGGCAUCCUGAAACAAUAGAAGAGUUUAUACUUAUUACACUACAGAAUUGAAGUGACUUGCUCCACA